AGGAUAUACUGAACGUUGAUUGUCUAUAAAAAUUUGUUUAUUCCAAAAGUGCUGACGUCGUACCAAUCUUACAAUUCAGUUAUACCAACUAAUAAGGCAUUAAAAUCUAUCGAGAGUUGAAAUACCGCCUGAAGGUUUAAAUAAAAUAUCCUUUGUUUCGUUUCUUCGCUUGAAAAGAAAAACAUAAACCUAAAAUAUAAUAAAAAUUUUGUUUGAAAGUUUGAAUUAUUUUAUCAAUAUGCGCAACGUUGAGAUAAAAGCAUUUUUACGUAAUCCGGAUUUUGUUAAGGCCAAAGCUAAAGAAUUAUCGAAUUCAGAGCCUGAAAUAAUUAAACAAACGGAUACUUUCUAUGUGGUACCACGUGGUCGCCUUAAAUUACGUGUAUUUUCCGAUGAUUCCGGUGAAUUAAUUUAUUAUGAACGUACAGAUGCUAAGGGACCAAAACUUAGUGAAUAUACAAAAAUUUCAUUUAGUGAUAAAUCAAAGUGUGAUGGAAUUAAUGAUCUUUUGAGUAGAAGCAAUGGUAAACUAGGAGUUGUUGAAAAAAUUCGAUUAUUGUUCGUCGUUGGACAAUCACGGAUUCAUAUUGAUAAAGUUGAUGAGUUGGGAGAUUACAUGGAAAUUGAAGUUGUUUUGGAUGACAAUCAAGACAUUGAAAUUGGAGAAAAAAUAAGUAAUGAUUUAAUGAAAGAAUUAGGAAUUGCGACUGAUGAUUUAGUAUCUGAAGCGUAUAUUGAUUUGUUAUUAAGAAAUAAAACAAGUUAAUUGCUCAUUAUUGUAUUUUUUGAAUACAAUAAAUUGUUUAUGAAAGUAUCAAUAAAUUUUUUAAAAAGUGCUUUCUUUGGUAAUAAAUCAUCAACUUUGAUUUUGAAAAUUUUCAGAACAGCCAAAGAAUAAAUUUUGGAUAUUUCUUUUAGAUUAAUGACUUUAUUAUUUAAUUUUCAUGACAAGCAUCCUUAAAAAUACAAAAAAACUUGGUUGCAGUAAAUUUGUCGCCAACUUAUCUUCAACGUGACUCUUAGGGUCAAUAUAAUGAAAUUACGGUUUUCAAUUGAAAAUUUAAAUUUCACAAGUAUUAUGAUCUUUCAAAUAUAUUUACGGUGCUAUAAAUGAAAACAGAGACCAAAAGUUAAAAGAUACCUGCAGUAUGGAUUGCUUGUAAUUAUCGUAGGAGUGUCAGUCAAUUGUCUGAUGAUGAUAAAAGUGAAAUCUAUUGUAUACCUACUUCCGCAGUAAUGAAUCUUUUGUAUACCUACAAACAAUAGUGAUAUUAGUUUGGAAUUACGUUAGAAUGACGUUUAAAUACAGCGCCGAAAUACCCGAUUUAAAAAAUUAUAAUUUUAAGAAAUUCUGAUUCUUAAAAUUAAGAGCGGAUUAUAUAUUUAAAUUUAUUAACUAGAAAGUAAUAAGCUCAAAAAUAUUAUAUGUAAAAGUUAUUUUUUUUUUUUUUUAGAAUAUUUAACUUAUGAUGACAAUUUUAACUGAAUGUUUAAUACUUUUUUUCUUAUUUUAAUAUUAAAAACUAACAACGUUACAACAACGGUUUUGAAUUUAGUUUCUAGAUAGUGGAAUUAUUAUCAAUUCUUUUUUUUUGUUUUUUUUUAGUCUAUUAUAAAUUUAAAAAUAAUUACGUGUAACGGAUCAGUAUGAAAAAAAAAAAAAAAUUCAUAGCGUAGUAUAUAGACAAGACAUCGAGUAAAUGAACGCGCUUAUUACUGAAUGAGUGGAAGGUCGUUAAACGUAAUAUUUUAUUCUAUUACUGAUAUUAAAAAAAUAAAAAAUGUUAUUCAUAGUGUUAUUGCUAAUAUUUCUUUAUUUGUUCUAAAGAU